AUGGGUUCUCAUCAAAAUGUCGUCUUGUCAAACCCCUCAUUUGUUGGUCAGCAAGAAUUUAAUUCAAAUGGUAUAAUGGAGAAAAAAGACGGAUUUAUAGGUGUUCUUGAUGUUUUCAUACAUCAAGCUAGAGAUAUUCAUAAUAUAUGUAUUUACCAUAAACAAGAUGUCUACGCUAAGAUUUUCUUGACUAGUGACCCGGAAUCAACCGAGUCAACUCAGACAAUCAACGGGGGUGGACAAAAUCCAGUUUUUAACGAAAAUCUAAAGAUCAAUGUCCGAACAGGGGAUUGUUCUUUGAGAUGUGAAAUUUGGAUGCUUAGUAGAGUCAAAAACUAUCUUGAAGAUCAACUUUUAGGGUUUGCAUUAGUGCCUUUACGUGAAAUUAUCGUCAAAAAUCAGAAGUUUGAAAAGGAAUUUGAACUCUCAACGAGUGAACUUCUCCAUUCUCCAUCUGGGUUUGUUAAAUUAAGCGUCAAUUACAUCGGAUCUUCACCAUUUGAUAUGUCAGAAAUUCAUUAUGUUCCUCAUUCUUUAUGUAAUCAAGAUUCAGAUGAAUCUGAUGAAAUUUCUUGUGAGCUUGAAAAGAUCGAGUUUCCAGAUCCAAAACUCAUUAACGAAAACGAGAUCAUGGUUUCUGAAUAUUACUCACACGCUACUGAAAACGAUGAUUCUAUUACUUCAUAUUCAAAGGAUCAUUUACUUUCAAGUAUCCCACAAGAAAACCUUGAAAUUGUUUCAAGAAACAGUUCAAAAUCACCAGAGAAGAAAGACGACAACACUGAAACUGAAACAGAGCAUCAAGUCAUGCAACAAGAGAUUGUAAACAUGUACUUGAAAAGCAUGAAGCAGUUCACCGAAGCUCUAGCAAAGAUGAAACUUCCGAUUGAAAAAGGAAACGAGUCAACUCAUACUACAGAGUCAAACCCAAAAGUGUUUUAUGGAAGCAGAGCAUUCUUCUGA